CAAAAAACAAAACAAUAAAAAGAUAAAAACUUCCACUUCCACUUCUAAGCCUUAACUCUUUAAUUCAGCACAAGGAACACAAAACUCAUUGAUCAAAAUGGCUGAUACCCCAAAUACCAUGUUCGUCUUCCGACCAGACCAUCAUAAUAUGGCACCUCAACCUCUGACUCCAUUCUCUGCCUUGACCCCUCACCGUGCUAAGCCCUCACGACCACGUCGCCUCAUCUCUGCCACAACCCUAGAAAUGAUUCUUGAGGAAGAUACGGCACCUGAAGAAGAUCGUCUUAGCUCUGCCUAUGCGAUGGAUACUCUUGCGGUAUUUCCGGCGACUUCUUGUUCCUUGAUGAUGGCUAAUAAACAAGUCUCUUUCAUGCUAUACGGAAGCUGCAAGUGUCCUUGAUGAUUUUCACUACAAAGCGACUGAAGAAUGGUGUUUUAAUUUUCGUGUACUAGUUAAGUUAGUAAUAUCUGAUGUCAGUUUAUGGGUCGAUGCUUUGUUUUUACAGAAGUUUCUUUUCUGUUAUACGGAAGCUGCAAGUGCCCUUGAUGCUUUUUCACCACAAAGCGAUUAUGGUGUUUUUUUAAUAGUUUUCUUGUAAUAAUCAAGUUAGUGAUGAUGUCUGAUGUUCCGAUAUGGGUUGGUGCUUUGUAUUAAUAGAAGUUGAUUCAACUUUCUCCUCUUUUGUAGUUUCCACUGGAAUAUAAUCAUGCCG